GAGACCUGAAAUCUCUGUUUCGUUCUCUCUCGGUGCUUUCCUCCGUGCUGUGCUCAUCGCCGUCGAAAGCAAGAAACAUCGCCGGAGACGACAACGGUGCUGCCAAGAAACCGUCUGACUCGUCUCCCCCACACGCCUGACGCCGUAUCUCUGUUUCUUUGUCUCGGUGCUUUCCUCCGUGCUGUGCUCAUCGCCGUCGAAACCAAGAAACAUCGCCGGAGACGACAACGGUGCUGCCAAGAAACCGUUUGACUCGUCUCCCCCACACGGCCGACCCCGCAUCUCUGUUUCUUCCCACGGUCUUCUUCGUCCUCAGCUCUUCGGCGUCGCCGUCGAAGCCAAGAAAACCAAGAAUCAGAGACCGGUUACAGAAUCUUGAUCCUCUGAACCGUCACCGUCCACGCCUCACCUCGUAUCUCUGUAUCUUCCCCUAAGUGUUUUCCUCCUGCGUGCUGCCGGCCUCCGAUCGUCGUCUUCGAAGCCAAGAAACCAAGAAACAUUGUGCGAGACGACAACGGUAACAUUGCCGGACACGACGAUGGCCCUGCUGACCGGCUGGCGGUUCCAACCGUCCGACGUCGAGCUCCUGGACUCCUUCCUCAGGAAGAAGAUCCUCGGUCAACCGCUUUCCUAUCACAUGAUCUUGGAGGCGGACGUCUACGGUGAUGAUCCCAAGAACCUCACCGCUCGAUAUUCUAUGGCUAAUAGGGACGGUGAGUGGUACUUUUUCACCUCCACGGUGCGAAAGCAUCCGGGUGCCAGCGACAGCAGCCGGGCGUCUCGCCGUGCAGGUGCAGGACGGUGGAAGGCCACCCAACGCAUCAAGACGGUGCUCGAUUCCGACCACAACGUCUUGGGAUCCAAGCAGUGCUUCUGCUACAUGGAAAGUUGCCCUUCCGGUGGAGAGACAAAGACUAUAUGGCUUAUGGAGGAAUUCUCCAUCCCUCACCUUCGAAGAAAAGCCGGUGCAUCCGCAAUAAGUGGCUCGAACAAGCUGGAUGAGUGGGUCAUAUGCAAGAUCUACCUGACACCAAAAGCUCGUAAAGUUCACAUGAUACAGGAGGAUCUAUACGAAAUUCAACCGGUAGAGCCUGUAGCAAAAAGAAGAAGGAUGGAAGAGCCACAAACGAUGAGUUCACUUUGCAUGCACCCUUAUCAGGAUAUUGCCGGUCACUACCAAACUCUUCAGCUACCUGACGAUUCUCUACCACAGCUCAUCGAUGUGUCCGGUGCACCUAUUGAUGGUGGUUCCCCCAUACAGCAUACUAGUGAGGAUCCAUCUAUUCUUAGUCAGGACAUUACCGAUUCCUUCCAGACUCAUCAAUUAGCCAGCGACACCUUACUGCAUUCUGAUCGAGUAGUGCCGGUGCUCGUGGAGGCGAUGAGUUCACCUUGCAUGCACCCUUGUCAGGACAUUGCCGUUCAUUGCCAGAGUCUUCAGCUACCUGACGAUGCUUUACCACAACUCGUUGAUAUGUUCGAUGCAUCCAUUGAUGGCUAUUCCCCUACACAACAUACUAGUGAGGAGCCAUCUAUUCCUCGUCAGGACAUUGCUGAUUCCUUUCAGAUUCAUCAGCCGGCCGAUGACACCAUAUCAUGUUCUGAUCCAGUGGUGCUGGUGCUCAUGGAGACGACGAGUACACUUUGCAUGCACCCUAGCCAGGACAUUGCCGGUCACCGUCAGAUUCUUCAGCUACCCGAUGAUGCUUUACCACAGCUCAUUGAUGUCUCCGAUGCAUCCAUUGAUGGCUGUUCCCCUACACAGCAUGCUAGUGAGGCGGCAUCUAUUCCUAGUCAGGACAUUGCUGAUUCCUUCCAGAUUCAUCAGCCGGCUGGCAACACCUCAUCGCAUUUUGAUCCAGCAACGCCAGUGGUUGUGGACAUGAUGGAAGGUCCAGAGCAUGUGUUUGGGCAAGCUGACUUUGACCAAAUCUUGAAGUAUGCAGAGGAUUCCAGCAUUGCAUUCUCUCCGGAAAUUAUGCAAGCUCAUGGUGAGGAGACUGAGGAGAUAGAUGCAUUACUUUGGUCAUUCCAUUAUGACCCCUCUAUGCCAUCAAUUGAUGACAUACUCUGA